AUGUGGAAGAACAUUGUCGAGAAGAUCCGUGUCGCCGAUGACCACGAGCAUGGCUACGAGACAGAUAAAUGGAUCAAUCCCGACAUUGCGCCUCUUCCCCCAAGCCGCCGCAACUGGGGAAUCUGGGCCUACCUAGCCUGGACGGGUGCCGCCUCACUCUUGUCCCUGGGUCUGACUGUGCCUCAGACGAUUGGCCUCAUGGUUAUCGCUCGCAUACUCAUGGUUGCCCUCAUCAUUGGCAAUGGAUGGAUUGGCGGAGAAUGGCACAUUGGCUUCGCCGUUCACCAGCGCAUGAUCCUCGGCAUGCGCGGGGCUUACAUUACGCAAGCCAUGCGAAUCAUGCUGUUCAUCGUAUGGUACGGGUCGCAGGCAUGGCUCGGUGGUCUUUGCGUCUCAGCUAUGAUCAGCAGCUGGAGCUCAAGCUUUCUGAACAUGGAGAACACAUUUGCAGCGAGCGCCAACAUGGUCACUCGUGACUUUAUCGGGUUUCUGCUGUUCCACCUCAUCUCGGUGCCUUUCUUGCUCAUCCGCCCUGAAAAUUCGAAGCCCUAUGUCAUCACUGCGAACGUGAUCGUCCUUAUCGUCAUGCUGGCUAUCACCAUCUGGGCCGGCGUUAACGGUGGCACUGGACCCCUUUUCGUGUCGGGCGCUCGCCAGCCUGGCGUCCUCUCCACUGGCUGGGCCUGGGUCUAUGGUAUUAUCAGCAAUCUUGGCGUCAUCUCUGCCGGCAUCGUCAACCAAAGCGAUUUCACCCGUUUCGCCCGCCGGCAGGGCCUUCAAGUCCCUGGCAUGGCCUUUUCUCUGCUGGUCCCGGGAAUGAUUCCUUUCUGGAACCCACUAUCAGUCAUCCUGCAAUGGCUCAUCGACGACUACUCGCCUGGCGCCCGCGCCGCAGCGUUCUUCUGUUCGCUGGGUUUCGUGAUCGGUCAGAUCGCUGAGAACAUCAUGGGCAACUCGUUUGCUGCGGGCAUGGACCUCGCCGGUCUCUUCCCCAAGUUCCUGACCAUCAAGCGCGGGGCCCUCCUAUGCGCGCUGCUGUCCUGGGCCGUGCAGCCCUGGGAGUUCUACAACACAGCCUCCGUCUUCGUCGCCGUCGCAGCUUCUUUUUCCGUCUUCCUUGGACCCCUGACGGGCAUCAUGAUCGUCGACUACUUCGUCGUCCGCCGGCAGCGCGUCGAGCUCAGCCAGCUCUACACAGGCUCACGCGACGGAAGUUAUUGGUACACAUGGGGCAUUCACUGGCGUGCGCUCGCCGCGUGGGUCAUCUGCUUCGUGCCUGCCAUGCCGGGCAUGGUGGCCAAUGUCAACCAGAGCGUCACCGUGUCAGACGGCCUGCAAAAGUACUUCCUCGGCAAUUAUCUUUUCGGUUUCGCAGAGGCUGCUGUGCUGUACACGGUGCUUUGUCUCAUAUCGAGGCCGAAAAAUGCGGGUUUGCAGGACAGUGUUGACAUGUACGGCACGUUUGACGAGAAUCAGGCGAGGAACAAGGGGGUGGUGCCUUUUGAGCGAGUGAAGGAUGUGGAUAUCCCGGGCGAGGAACCAGUGAGAGAAAUUGUAGAGGGACAGGAGAAGAUACGGUACUUGAGGGAGUGAUGUGAUGGGUCUAUUGGGAGGAACAAGAUGAUUGUCCCGUG